AUGUGUUUAAGAUUUGAAAGACUAAUGAGUUUAUGCUACAUGGCAGUCCUGGGAUGCACCAUUCAGCUGGUUCCCAGGCAGAGAGGUUUGCAUUCUCUUUCUUGUUUUGAGGAGCGAGAUUAUUUUUUGUGUAUUCAACUGCUUGUUCCUCCUUCUGUUUCCUUACCUUUGAGUCCCUUCCACAAAAAUAUCUUCCACAUACCCAGCAGUUUUUAUCCCUUUGGCCCAUUUAACUCCAUUAUGAGACAAUCUGUCUUCCCUGCAAACUUCACUGAGGAUUGCUGUUGGCUUUCCCAAAGAUGCAGAUACCUUCAGUAA